UUCACUUCAGUUGCGAAGAGUGAGCGCUGGCGAACGUUUCAUGUGGCGGCAUAAACGAUUUUGGAUUCGUAACUCAAGUGUUCUAAAGCGCAUAAGUGAAGAAAUUCAAGUUCAAAGUGUAGAAGAAUUGUGCAGAAAUUGUGUAACUCCGUUGCAGCGCCGAGUAUUUCAGUUUUACUAAGAAAAUUUUAAAUUAAUAAUAAAUAUUGUGCAAUAUAAUGAAAAAAUGAUUUGCUUAAAAAUAUUUUGAAUAAAAUUUUCGUUUCGUAAAUUUUUUCGCAGCUGUUGCCAAAGGCAACAACACGAAGCCAACACAUCGUGCAUAGUAUUUAUGUAUAUUGAGUAACCAAAGUGAAAAUUCAGAAAAUCAAAAAAUUGAAAAAUAAAAAUCGAAAAACUUGUUGUGUCCAAGUGGGCGCGCGCACAACAACGCGUUCGGCGGCAAAGUGUAUCCAAGUAUCGUCGCUUAUGUUGUUAGUGCUGUUAUUUUCGGCGCGCUGCAUGACGUACUGAAGCGCGCUACGGUUGGGCGCUCAUGCCCAUGCUCGGCGCCCGUUCACUACAACGUCGCCUCUUCCUAGUUGCGCGCGCGUUUCUAGCGAGUCUUCUACAGUAUUUCGGCCAAAAAUCUUUGUGUUGCUUUUUUUGCUGGUCAGCGUUUGGGCCAGUGUUGUUGUCACCGCAACGAAACGCGCUGUGACAGUCGACAAUGUGGUUAAUUUGCGCGCCUCAUAGCAAACUCAGCGCAAUAAUAAAUUCACUUUGUUGUAAUAUUUAGCUAAGUAAAACGAAAAUUCUAAAAAAACAACAACAACACGUUUCGCAAAGUGAAAAACAAAAAUAUACGUUAUGCGUUCAUUGGCACAAAAAUAAGCUGAAGAAGAAGGAAGCUGAGCGCGCUAGGCAAAAAAAUUGGUACUCGUGAGCAGGAGAUAAUGUGUAGCGCAAACAAAGCGAAAUAAUCAAAAAAUAGAAAAUUCACUAAAGUGCGCUGUUUGCUGUUGUGUUGUGUGUGACAUAAUGUGACUGCGAAGCGUUGUGCAAAUGUUGUCAACCUCAGCGGCAAUGCAGCCAAUGGGAGCGCGCGCUCAAGUGUGUGUUUAUGUGUCUGUGUGUGUUUGUGCAUCGCGGUAUAAUGUGCAAACAUCAUAAAUUAAAAUAUUUAACGGCAAAAGCAUUCAAAAUGAUGUAUAAAAUUAAAAUAAUAAUUGAAAAAUAAUUCAGAUUGCAAACAAAUUACAGAAAAAGCACGCGCUGCCAAUAAAUAUUGGCUGUAAAAAGCGCUUCUUUGGUGAAGUGAAAUAUUAGUGCAGCGUUUGAGUAUGAAAAUGUAAAACGGUGUUGUUGUUGUGCAAAAAAAUUACUCAGUUAUGGCAGAUUUCGCUUUUCUACUCAACGAAAGCAUCACCACAAACGUCAUGAGCAAUGGGAUGUCGGGGUGUGACCAAAGCACUGUCGAAUCAUUGGCCGAAGAUCCAACAGAUUCACCAUUCGGUACCGCUGAGUGUCUCAAAGUACGCAAGUACUGGUGUUUUUUGCUCUCCAGCAUAUUUACCUUCCUUGCUGGGCUAUUUAUUGUGCUACUAUGGCGUGCAUUUGCGUUCAUUUGCUGCCGCAAGGAGCCCGAUUUGGGACCAAACGAUCCCAAACAGAAAGAGCAGAAGGCGUCACGCAACAAACAAGAGUUCGAGGGUACCUUUAUGACCGAAGCCAAAGAUUGGGCUGGCGAGCUUAUAUCGGGACAAACGACAACUGGUAGAAUUUUGGUCGUGCUUGUAUUUAUACUCAGCAUUGCAUCACUCAUUAUUUACUUCGUGGAUGCAUCUAGCGAAGACGUCGAAAGGUGUCAAAAAUGGAGUAAUAACAUUACUCAACAAAUCGAUCUCGCAUUCAAUAUAUUUUUUAUGGUUUACUUUUUUAUACGAUUCAUAGCGGCGUCCGAUAAACUUUGGUUUAUGUUAGAAAUGUACAGUUUUGUAGAUUAUUUUACAAUACCCCCGUCCUUUGUAUCAAUAUAUUUAGAUCGGACAUGGAUCGGUCUUCGAUUUCUUCGAGCGUUACGUCUCAUGACCGUACCGGAUAUUUUACAAUAUUUAAACGUUCUAAAAACAUCGAGCUCGAUACGCUUGGCUCAACUAGUAUCAAUUUUUAUAUCUGUAUGGUUAACAGCAGCGGGCAUAAUACAUCUGCUGGAGAACUCUGGCGAUCCGCUGGAUUUUAAUAAUGCUCAUCGAUUAUCCUAUUGGACCUGUGUCUAUUUCCUAAUUGUGACCAUGUCAACGGUAGGAUAUGGUGACGUUUACUGUGAGACUGUAUUGGGAAGAACCUUCCUUGUGUUCUUUCUACUCGUCGGCUUGGCAAUGUUUGCCAGCAGUAUACCGGAAAUAAUAGAGCUCGUUGGUAGUGGCAAUAAAUAUGGCGGUGAACUGAAAAGAGAACACGGAAAGAGACAUAUUGUCGUUUGCGGACAUAUAACGUACGAGUCGGUGUCGCAUUUCUUAAAGGAUUUCCUGCACGAAGAUCGCGAAGAUGUGGAUGUGGAGGUGGUAUUUUUACAUCGCAAGGAGCCUGAUCUGGAGCUAGAAGGUCUGCUGAAGCGUCACUAUACGACGGUGGCGUUUUUUCAGGGCACCAUGAUGAAUGCCGUCGAUUUGGAGCGAGUCAAGGUACACGAAGCUGAUGCCUGCUUGGUACUGGCCAAUAAAUAUUGCCAAGAUCCCGAUGCUGAAGAUGCUGCCAAUAUUAUGCGAGUCAUCUCGAUUAAAAACUACAGCGAAGACAUACGAGUGAUUAUACAACUUAUGCAAUAUCAUAAUAAGGCUUAUUUACUUAACAUACCCUCGUGGGAUUGGAAACAAGGUGAUGACGUCAUCUGUCUGGCCGAACUUAAACUUGGCUUCAUUGCACAGAGUUGUCUGGCGCCGGGCUUCUCAACAAUGAUGGCGAAUUUAUUCGCGAUGCGUUCGUUUAAGACUUCACCAGACAUGCAGUCGUGGACCAAUGACUAUCUGCGCGGCACGGGCAUGGAAAUGUACACUGAAACAUUGAGUCCCACAUUCAUUGGAAUACCAUUUGCUCAGGCCACUGAACUGUGCUUUUCGAAACUGAAACUACUGCUGGUCGCUAUCGAAAUCAAAGGUGCCGAAGAGGGUGCGGAUAGUAAAAUAUCGAUAAAUCCGCGUAAUGCCAAAAUACAGGCGAAUACACAAGGCUUCUUUAUUGCGCAAAGUGCGGAUGAAGUGAAGCGCGCCUGGUUUUACUGCAAGGCCUGCCAUGAGGACAUCAAAGACGAAACAUUGAUCAAGAAGUGUAAAUGUAAAAACUUGACAGUACAGCCGAGGACCAAAUUUGAUGAUUUAGUGGCCACAUUCAGGAAAGGCGUCCGCGCCGUCCAAAUGGUGGGACGUGCAAAAGACGAUGAGUACUCACUCUACUCAAAUGAUUUCCAUCCAGCACCCACAUUUACGCCGCCAGAGUUGCCCAAGCGGGUGCAUGUGCGCGGAUCAGUAACGGGUGACAUGACACGCGAUAGAGAGGAUGUGAACCUCAUAAAUCGCAAUGGACGCCGUACGAACGGCACCGGCAACGGUAGUACAGGGUUGCAUAUGAAUUCAAUAGCGGCGAAACAAGUUAACAAGGUGAAACCAACAAUUAACCGACAACAGGUUGAGGGUCAGGUGAUAUCACCAUCACAAUACAACAGGCCGCCAGAAAACGAUGCUAACCCAUAUGCGGGCUAUCAACUCGCUUACGAAGUUAAAAAGCUCAUGCCAACAAGUCGCAGCUCCGGCACGGGCACACAGAAUCAAAAUGGCGGCGUUACACUACCGGCCGGCAUUGCGGACGAUCAAUCGAAGGAUUUCGAUUUUGAGAAGACCGAAAUGAAAUACGAUUCGACGGGCAUGUUCCACUGGAGUCCGGCUAAGAAUUUAGAAGACUGCAUAUUGGAUCGCAAUCAAGCGGCAAUGACUGUUCUAAAUGGUCACGUUGUCGUAUGCCUUUUUGCCGAUCCAGAUUCGCCGCUAAUCGGACUGCGCAAUCUGGUGAUGCCAUUGCGCGCCUCAAAUUUUCACUAUCACGAACUGAAGCAUGUGGUGAUAGUCGGUUCGGUGGACUAUAUACGACGCGAAUGGAAGAUGUUGCAGAAUUUGCCAAAGAUAUCGGUGUUGAACGGAUCGCCGCUGAGUCGCGCCGAUUUGCGUGCCGUUAACGUGAAUCUGUGCGAUAUGUGUUGUAUACUGUCGGCGAAAGUUCCUAGCAACGACGAUCCGACGCUGGCCGACAAGGAGGCCAUUCUAGCGUCACUCAACAUCAAGGCAAUGACCUUUGACGAUACGAUCGGUGUACUGAGUCAACGUGGGCCCGAAUUCGAUAAUCUGAGCGCGACCGCUGGCAGCCCAAUUGUGCUGCAACGGCGCGGCUCCGUUUACGGCGCGAAUGUGCCCAUGAUAACAGAACUGGUCAACGAUAGUAACGUGCAGUUUCUCGAUCAAGACGAUGACGAUGAUCCGGAUACGGAGCUAUAUCUGACGCAGCCGUUCGCCUGCGGUACCGCCUUCGCCGUUAGUGUUCUCGACUCGCUGAUGUCGACGACGUACUUUAAUCAAAACGCUUUAACGUUAAUCCGCUCACUUAUCACCGGCGGCGCUACACCCGAGCUGGAACUCAUACUCGCCGAAGGUGCUGGUCUACGUGGCGGUUACAGCACUGUGGACAGUCUUAGUAAUCGUGACAGAUGUCGUGUUGGCCAAAUUUCGUUGUAUGACGGUCCCUUGGCACAAUUCGGCGAAUGUGGUAAAUAUGGAGAUCUAUUUGUGGCAGCGCUCAAAUCGUACGGCAUGCUUUGCAUUGGCCUCUACCGAUUUCGGGAUACGAGUUCGAGUUGUGAUGCGAGUAGCAAACGUUAUGUUAUAACGAACCCACCCGAUGAUUUUUCACUACUGCCAACAGAUCAGGUUUUCGUAUUAAUGCAAUUCGAUCCGGGCUUAGAGUAUAAACCGGCCGCAGUACGUGCGCCACCUGGUGGUCGGGCUGCCAACACACAAGGCUCCGGGGUCGGUGGGGGUGGUUCAAACAAGGAUGAUAACUCUUGAUUGUUACUGUGUAGCGCCUUAACUGAUGGUCCUUACUCGUACAUUUGAACGAUGGAGCAAACGAUCGGGUACAAAAUAGCGCAUUUCUGGCAAUACAUAAUCGGCAGAAUCUGGCAAAAAUUACGUGCGGCAAUGCAAAAUGUAUCGAACAAAGACAAUUAGCAAAACAACAACCAAUUACAAAAGUAACAAACAAAAGCAAACAAUUGGUGAAAAUAAACAGAGUAAGCCGCUGUUAGAAAAAUCUAAUAGGAAUUUGUCAAAAUUAUAUGUAAAGAAAUGCUUAUGUAAUACAUGGGAGACCAAGACCAAGUAAAUGCGCCAUUUUGUACUUUUAUAUUUGCACAGACAUUCGCCAAUGCCAAAUCUCAUUGUAUGUAUAUGAGUUAAGCAACAAAAACAAAACAUUUCAAUUCACAAUUGGAAGCAAAUGUCUUUGCAAGUAUAAAAAUCUCAAACUCCAACUAAUAAAAUAUACAAAAUAACAACUGAUUAUUCGAAUCAGUAAGAGUAAAAUCCAUCGUUCAAAUGGUAAAAAGAUUGCUUCCCACACCAUUCCGCAAUGCCCUGAAACUACUUAAUUAAUUUUCAAAAAUUUAUUAACGUCAAUUUACUGUUUUCAUUUAGGAUAUAUGUAUGUAAUCAACUAUUUAUGUACCGAAAAUUGUACUUAUAUUUAAUUUUUUUAAUUUAGUAAUUUAUUUCAUAUUGUUUAAUAAAUCUUUAUAAUUUAGCUUUAUAUACAUCUUCUGUUAAUUAUUUAUCGCACUUUGCACCCUCACUGAAAUUUAAAGACCUAGUUUUACGCUUAGCUUAGCUUGGUACUCAAAUCAAAUGACUUGUAUAACUUAUCUUGAUAAAAAAUUAAACAAAAAAAUAUAAUCUAAGUUUUCGUUUCAGUAAAGUUUGAUAUAUUGUUACACUGUAAUUUUUUUAUGUAAUAUACUUUAUUAUAAUUUACACUAGUUGUUUUAGAAUAUAGUGUGUGAGCUUAUAAUAUCAUAUUUAUUAAUUUAAAUGCACACAGAAGUGGUUUUUCUAUGAGUUUGUAUGAAAUAUAGUAAGCUAAGUUUUCAAUUGAUACAAAAGUGGUGAAUCAAAGCUUAUCGCUGAAAAAUAUUUACACUAAAUUAAUUUUUUUAAAUGUAAUUUUUCAUUUAAAUAAUUUAAUUUAUAUUUAUGCUUCAUUUCCGUAAUGCCCCUAAAUGUAGGCAAGGUUAAUAUAGACUAGUUCUUUAUUAAUAAUGAAAACAUUGCCUACAUUUAGGCAUCUCACUAAAAUUGUAGUGAUGUGGCACACCUAAGAAGGCUUCUAAACUAAAAUUUUUAAUAUUUCUUUCAUUAAAAUAAAAAAAAAAUAAAUUUUCCUUAUUUUAUAUUAAAAUUAAUAACACUGUGAGAAAAAGUUUGAGGAAAACGCUCUUCUGUGUGUAUUUUAAAAGCUUUAGUUGUAGUAGUUUAUCAAAGAAAAAUAUAAAUUUCAACAUGUUUCAUAAUAUUAUAUUAUAUUUUUAUUUUAAUAUCGCUAAAAAUGUAUAUUUUUUAAUAUUUAAUUUGAAAUAUAAAUUUAGAAUUUAAAAAAAAUAUUUUUUGUUGUACUUUUUACCAUGAAUUUUAAUUUUUCUUAUAUUUUCAAAUAUUGAUUACUUUUUCAAAAUUAUAAAAAAUAUAUAAAUUAAAUACUUUUUUUUACAAAAAUAUUCAUUAUUAAUUAAUUGGCAUUUUCAACUACUAUACUUUACUCGAAAGUUCAAAACCCCGAACUUUUUGUUCUCACAUAUUUUUAUUCUCAAGCAAAUCGGCACUCAUUGUUCACUGCUUAGAAGUUAUGUAAAAGAAUAGGAGCACUUAAUGUCUCAUUGCACAUACUUCCCGUUCCACAUCCACCAAACAAUUCAAACAAUAAGCACUUUUGCACUCAUUUCACUUUGAGAAAAAAAUUGAAAAUAUAUAAAAAUUAUAAGCAGCUUUGAACACCGCCUCACGGCCUCACGACCUUACGAUUUCGUUGUAGUACAAGCACCGCCGUAGCUCGUAACAAACAUUUCAAUAAUUCAUUAGCUUCACAUACAAAAUGCAUCAAUUACUGUAUAUCACAUUGUGUUGGGCAUUCGGGGGAGGUAUGUAUGCAACGAAGAGAAAACAACUGUUAAAAUUUGAAUUUCGUCUAAACAAACAUACACUUGACAUUUGCCUAGCAUUUAAGAUAUAUCAUUCAUACUUAUAUUUUUCACUGAUCUUUACACAUUUUUUCAUGCUGACCUACUUAUUUCAUCGUCGUUGCACACCGCAUGUUGAUGAAACAGUUCGUUCAUAACCCAGCAUAUACGGCAAAUGCGAAAGAGAAUGAGAAUGAGAAAAAAAUACAAAAAUAAUGCACAUUUCAAUUACCGUUAUAUUUACGCCUUUACGUUUGUUCAUUGAUUUUAUUUCACAACAACUUCUACGUUCAUUUAUGUUCACUUCAAUAAUCGUUUAUCGUUAAACGUUAUCCUUGAGUUUCAUAAGUUCAUUCAAACGACGAAAUAUCGUACAACAACCAAUUUUAUGUAAAAAACAAAUGGUGUGACGUAAGCAACUGGGAACCAUUAGUGAGGUUAGCUACACAUUAAACAAAGGAAUUAACCGAAGGGAGAAAAAACCAAGAAACCAAAAAACCAAAAAAAGCAAAGAAUUAACGAAACAACAAAUAAAAACUACAACUAUACAACCUACUGAAAACUACAAGUCAAACAACAAUCAACACCAAAUUUAGUAGAGUAAAUGUAAAAAAUUACAAGUAAAAUGCAUAAAAUAGCUAAAACAAAAAGCAAACUAAAUCGAGAUUCAAGCUCAUCUCAAAAUUCGAAAAACAUAUAUAUAACUCGCUCUAAAGCUGUAGUGGAGCGGAGUAUGAGUAUAAGCCAUGUGGAAAAGCGUUGCCCUUGGCAGUUGGUGGUGGGUCUAUGCUUUUGCGCAGAAAAAAAAAGAAACUGAUAAAAAAGCGUAAGCUUGCAACACUGCUUUGCAAUAAAGAUUCUAAACAAUUGUAAUAUACAAUAUAGAUAUGUUUAUAUGUAUUAAAGAAAAAAAAACAAAAACAAAAGCUACUUGUACUAGACAAAACAAAAAAAAAAACUAUAACUAAACGUACUUCAAACUAUACCAACAAACAAUGUAAGAAAGCAAAACAUACAUAUUUAUCAUAUACGUAAUCAUUUGAGACGUUUGAGUUUAGAGGCAAAUAAUCUUAACUUUACCACAAAACACAUUUAAUGGAAUAUCUGGAAGCUACGAAUGCUAUAUGUUCUUGUUGAGUCCGAGGCCAGCCUAUAUAACUUCACAUACGAGUUUGAUUAGGUACAUAUUUCAAUGGCGAAUUUUAUUUAUUGACACUUUUUUCUAAGAAAAAUUAAGAAUUCACUUCAAAUUGAUGUCUAAUUCUUGACGUUUUAAGUCUAUUCCAAAGUGUGAAAGAAAUAGAGAACUUGUGUCAUAGCAACAUAUUUUAAUAGUCCUCUCUCUUCUACACGUAUAUAUCACUAGCCAACUUCAAGUCGUAAGCGCUGUUAAAAUAGAACAAUGAUUUAAUCGGAAAAAGAGCCGAGUCUUUAUGAUAUGCUUCAACAAAAUCUAUGAAUAAUUGCAAAGACUUUGAAAGCUUGAAAGAAAUUAUAGCCUAUAUAAACUUCGCUAGAUUUAGCUUGAUCUGGUAGAACGAAGAAAGAAGAAGCUCUAAAAUUAUGACGAUUUGAUUAAAAUAUUAGUAGGAGGCCUUAAACUCCAAUGUCACCUUCCUAAUUAUAUAGGGAGUUUGUGGAAAAAAUUCCUUAGAAAGAAUUAUACAUCAGAGCCGUCAAGAUAGAGUUAAUAUGAAUUAUUCAAAAUUUGUUGAGAACCUCCUAAAAUUAUUUCGAAACUAUCAAGGAAAUGGAAUUCGAAUUAUUUGUUAUGGAGUGAUCUCUGAAUAUUAAACCUAGACUCUCUACUAACGGACUAGUUUUGGUGUAAAAAAUCUAUGUUCACUUCAAAUAUUCUUAAGGAUUACUCAAGAAAACUGCUGAUGCUCUCAUUAGCAACCCAACCAACCAUUGUGGAAUAUAUUUAUCUAAUAUUCGAAAAAUUCGAAAUUCGUCAUCAUUACCGACAUUUCUACAAGACUAGUAUGGAAGUUGCAAAAGAGUCGGACUUCGGGACCACAAGGUAGCUAAGCAGAGAUAUUUUAAAUCCAACUACUGGCUUUCAUCUUACUAAUUACACUUUGAAAUACACACACACAAACGCGCUAACAUUUGUAAAUAAGGCUUUUGGCAUUAAAUGUAUAGAAUAUGCGUUCAAUAUCACAACACAGUUAAUUAUUUAUUUUCAAUACAAAGCCACACACAAGUCACUGAUGUAUUUUUUUCUGCACGCGAAUUUUAUAAACUUAAGCACAUUCACAGAUACUCGUACUACAUAUGUAACGGUAAGUUUAUACACUAAUUUAAGCUGUUAAAUGCAAAUGAUUUGUAAAUAGUUUGUAAAUAAGCGUACUAUAUUUUUAAAUGAUACAAUUAAAUAAAUAAUUUCUCGUUUUUAUACAAAACAAUAGCAACAAACACGUAACGAGUAAAUAAAUAAAAGCAAAAACAAAAAAUUAACAAAUAAAAAAUUAAAGAAAUAAAACAAAAAUAUAGUAUGUACUACGAAAUAUGUAUGUAUGUAUGUGCUUUAGAAAAAAAAACGAAAACCAAAAAAACCAAAUAGAAUUCAUUCAGAAAUUGUUCAGCCUCCGAUGUCCGCAUUAAACGCAAUAAAUGGAAUCAAACGCAAAACAAAGCAAACAUACUGUAUCACCAAAUAGUCUAUGGCAAAUACAAGUAAAUGAUGUUUGUAGUUUAACAUUUAGAAGAAUAAGUAACACUGCCAAAUUAAUUAAAACAAAAAUUUCAUUGAAAUCAAUCAACACACAAAUGGCGCUGACGUAACUCACUAACAUGUAUGUAGUACAAUUUUGUAGAAGUUACCAUUAAAGACCACAGCAAUAGUAUGUGACUAAGGAACCUUAACUUCAUUACAAGAUUAUAUUUUAUUUCACUUGAUUGAGAAUUAUGCUGAAGCUGAUUACCAACAAAGACGAGAUCAAUACUGGGAUGAGUUCAAUACCAGGAACUAGUACUAUAAUCAAUAUCUCGUAUACAUUUAGGACGCUUUUCGAAGAGUCCAGAGUUUCAGAAAAGUUCGUAAGAAUAUGAAAAAGUAUUCGACGAAAAUUAAACGAUCUUCAGUAUAUGAGAUUGUAUACAGACUACUUCAGAUUAUUAUAUGCCUUCAGAAAAGUCUAAAGAUCUUCACUACGUUAGUCCCAAUACUAAAUAUUAUUAUUCCAGGUGAACGUUCUUACUUAGUUUUACGAAUGUAUAUGAUUUCCUCGGCAAUCUAUACCUAAUAAGAGAAUUGUUAGAGAACAGUGAUCUCCUAAUACAUGAAUAAUUUUGGUACUAAAAACACAUAUUAUUUAGACCCGAUACUAACUCAUUUAUAGAACUCCUGGAAGUGUAGAACCCACCACAAUCAUCACAAAAAGAAAACUAAACACUAAACGAAUGCGCUAAACAACUACAAAAUGUUGAAGAACAAACGAUGAAUAUAAACAUACAUACAUACAAAAAUGAUUUACCACCAAAAAAAAGAAAUUAUUUCGAAUCACAAUCAUAACAAUCAAAUGAAAGAUAUAAAUUAUUAACGUAAAAAUAAAUUACUGAAGAAGAAAAUAGGCGAAACUCAAAAAAAAAAAAAAUUAUAAAAUAAAAUAAUGAGUAACUAGACGUUUAGUUUAGCUUUUUGUAAAUUAUAAAGAAUUAUAAAAAAUGAUGGCAAAUUGUUAGGAGAAAACAAAAAAUAGAUACCAAAAAAGUUAAAUUAAAACAAAACAAAAAAAGUUAUGUAAGCAAAACGAAUUCGAGCUUUUACAGAAUAAUCAACUAUACAUUAAAACACACAAAUUUAGAGGUAUGAAAGAUGUUAAACAAAAUGAGCAAAAAAAUAGUAAAUUCGCAUAAAAUAUUGACAUGAGUAAGCUAGGCAAAAUACUACGAAUUAUUUUCAUGUGUAGUGUAGAAUUUAAAAUGAAAUUCAGCGCGUUAAAUAAAUAAAAAAAAUAAUUAUGAAACAGCAGCAAAUGAUAGCAAAUUGUUAGUAAAAAAAGAACAUUUAAAAAUACUGAACAGAAAAGCCGUCAUUAAGAGUAAUUAACUAAAUAAUAAACUAAUUAAAUUGAUAAACAUAAACAUAAAAUUUGGAAUUAAAAAAAUAAAAUUAAAAAAUAACAAGAAAAAUAGGAAAAAAAUAAAUUGUGAAUAUUAUGCGCCUUCAAAGUUAUUUAUUGUAUAUGUAGAUGUGACAAGUAUAAUUAAGUAUUAAUUUAAAUAAAUUAAAUAAAAAAUAAAAAAAAAUUAACAUAAACAAAUUCAAGGCAUUCGUUCAUUUAGAAAACAACAGUUAAGUACGGUUUAUUGUAGAAAGUUUAUUUUAGUCUUAUUUGCGCUCAAUUUAAAAAUAAUCAAGGCGGUAAAAAAUAAUUUCAACAAAAAUUUCAAAAUCUGUGGUUAUUUAAAAGCAUAACGCCUUAAUACAGUUUGAAUCUGAAAAGUUUUAAGUGAAAGCUCUUAAGGCAAAUUGUGUGUUAAUAUCAAAAGUUUUAAAUGAAAGCUCUUAAGACCAAUUGAGUGUUUUUGAAGUUUUUUCAGCAUGAAUGCCAGUGUACUUUAUUUGAUAAACAAAGGUAACCGCCAAAACUUAGUUAUCACAUUUUAUGACCCUGAAUAAGUUUAUUAAUGUGGUCGACAAAUUAUUUCAAUAUUCUAUACAUCAAAGUUCGAUUUUCUAAACGCGAUUGGUCAAAUCCACAACAAUUUUGUCGACAAUCUCAAAUAUUUAAAGACUUCUUCUUUUCUUAUUACAAUUCAAAAUUCGUCAUUCAAGUAUUUUCAGCAAAAAGUUAGGUGAAAGCUUACUACAUUGAGCUUUCAUGCCGUCAAAAUAGAGCUUUUUCAUAUUUAUAUAAUUGUUUUUGUUUAGUAAACUGGUAACGCUUUUUUAUAAGAAAUAUUGUUUUAAUUUUACAAAAUUUCCUGUAAUAUUCAUUUACUUUCGAGCAAAAUGGAAAAUACUACAAUUCAUAACAACAACAAUCAAACAUUUAAGCACAUAAAACAAAAACCGUAAACAUUCUUGUAAAUCAGCCAGCCAAAGCCAAGAAGCUUAGUGAAUAGUUUAGCUUUUAGAAAAAAAGUAAAUAGUAACGCAAGGUCAGAAAAUAAGUGAAAUAAUAUUAGCGAAAUUAAAUAAACGAUAUGUAAGAGAAAAAUUAAAAUAUGUAUAAAUGCAAAAAGUUAAACAUAGUUUUAAAUUUAAAAACUUAAGGUGAGAUUAAUAUGAUAUUCAAUGAAAAAUAUAUAACAAAGAAACUCUCGAUGUUGUGAAACUUGAUGAAAUCUCUUUGAAAAAAAAGUCAUAAAUAUUUAUAAUAGAAAAUCACAAUAUACUACAUGCAUAUUAAUAAACAAAUUAAAUUUCUAUUGAUUUUUUUAUUAAACACGAUAACACUCACCACACUUUAACACUGACUCACAUUUAUAAAGAAAAUUCUCAUAGACUCGUAUGAACCACCAAAGAUUGCUUAAGAAUAGUUGAAGUAAAAACAAAAUUUGAAAAAAAAAAAUAGAAAAAAGAAAAACAAAUUAGUGAAGUAAAUGUAUGAGAAAUGCAGCUGCGCCCGCAUUUUCCGGUAGUUAGCGAACUUUUUUUUUAUAAAAUACAUUAAAAUAUAUGUAUAACAAAUAGAAGAAAUAUAUUUAGCAAAUAUUAAUGUAUAUAAAUACAUGAAUAUAUGAAUAUGAAUGAAAACAAAAACAAACAAAAUUUUAGUAAUAGAAAAGGAAAUAACGCUAUAAAAAUAUUUAUUUUAUAAUUUUUUUAAUACAAAAAAUUACAACAACAUAAUUUGUAAACAAAUUUUCUGAUUUUAGAGAACAAAUAUAACAUUGUUAUUAAUAAUAUGUUUCUGUACUAAAACAACUUACCAAAAAAAUGUACCGCGGAAAUCAGUAACUGAAGAAAUUUUGUUUUACAAUCGUUUUGUACACCAAAUUUAUAUUGAAAUAUUUACGCUAUUUAUUACAAAGAAGUUCAAGUGAAAAUUUCACCCAAAAUGAUAAAUGUUAGUAUGCAAGCUACAGCUUAGACUACCGCAACAAUCACAAUCCAUAAUU